AUGGCGACCGAAGUGCCGUUCACCGCCGACGCCGUACGCAGUAUAGAGCUAAUUCCUUGUGCACAUGCGCCCACCAAACCACCAGCUCACGUCUACGACAAGAUCAUUACCGUCGCGGUCGGACCGGACAAUGCCAAGAAGAAGUUCAAGAUCUAUCGCGGGCUCCUGUGUCACUUCUCCAGCUACUUCGAUCGCAUGCUCAACGGUUCUUUCCGGGAAGGUGGCUCAACGUACCUUCGACUAAAGGAUACCGACGCCGACACCUUCGACGUGUUCUUCUAUUGGCUCAAUUCUGGUGUUGUAGGUUUGGCGGACAGCGGAGGCCUUCUGGACUGGGGGAAGGUAAUGAAGGCCUACGUGUUCUCCGACUUUCAUCAGGCGCCUAUCUUCAAGAAUGCUGUCUUGGAAUCUCUAUACACUCGUUGGCUGUCAGAGAAUGUGGUCGCUGUCGAUGUUACAGAAUUCUUGUACACCAACACAUCUGAAGGGGACAGUAUGAGGAAGCUUAUUGUCGAUAUAAUGGUGGCAUCGGGCAACUUCAGGGAAGGUAAAAGACAUCAUCUCUUCGAUUGCCACAAAGAGUUCCUCAUAGAUAUCAUUAACUUUAUCAACAACAUCUACACCUCCUUCAAGGAAACCAACUCCAACACUAUUAUGAUGAGCCACCCAUUAGCAUGGUGCGCACACCCGUGGACCGCGCCUACCAUCACCAACAAGUACGACACAGUCACGAUCAACGUCGGCUCCGGCAGAAAUAUCCAGCAGUAUGAUCUACAUGUCGAAGCACUCAGAGCGCGCUCGCGACACUUCCAUGAGGCCCUUUCAGCCUCCUCAAACGAGGAGCGCACAGCGAUCCACCUCGCGUGCUCUACGCCAAUGCGAUUCGACGUCUUCGCCAACUGGCUUUACAAAGGCAGCUUAGACUCCAGCAAUGACACCGAUUUGAGAUACCUCUUCUUAUGCGAACUACACGUAUCUGCCGACACCUUCGAUAUCCCGCUUCUGCGCAACAAGAUUGUGGAUGUGUUCUUCAACAAGCUUUUGAGCGACGCCCAGCCACUGCCCUACGAAAUCAUGAAGUACAUCGAGGAGCAUCUGAGGGACUCUGCUUUGAGGACCAUGAUGCAAGACAUCAUGCUGAACUGCGGUGAGACGGAGGACAUGGCCGAGUGGAAGGUCAACCUUGCGAAGGGCUUCAGGAUGGAAGGUGGUAGAAACAAAGACGUCGCUGAGACAAUUGACAGGGGUUCAGAUGUGAGAGAGUACUUGGUCGCGUUGAGGGGUAAGGUAUGCGAGAAAUAUCACGAGCAUGUGGAGAGAGAUGAGAUGGUCGUGGAACGUGAGGAGAUGUGGUUCUUCGACCCACCUCUGGAAUAG